AUGGCUCGUUUUCGAAGCUCUGGUUGGAAACCUGAAGAAUUAAAAAUUUAUUGGAAUGCUCAACAACUAGAAAAUCUUUGUCCGAAACAUGAAACAAAAUCUAAAAAAGGGGAAGAAAAACUUAGUACUAAUAGUGAAACAAAACUAGAACCAAAAUGCGAAGCAGAAGAUAACCAAAAAGAUGAAACGACUCUAGACACGAAACUAGAAAAAAAUGAAGUAACGGUCGAAGCGAAAACUGAAAGAAAGGAUGCCAUAGAAAAUCAAGUGAACGAGGGACCAAUCGAAAAAGAAAAGAGUGAAGCCACAAAUGAGAUCUUAUUACCACAUGAUCCAUCCGAUGCGGAUGUCAUACAGGCUCUACGUGAAUAUCCUGUAUCGAAACGAAAUAAUGCUGGAAAAAUCACCUAUGUCAAUAAAGGAAUUGAAAAGGCUGUUUUUGACAUACCAGAGAAUGCUCAAAUAAUUGUUCUUAAUUUUGCUAAUGAACGAUCACCCGGAGGUGGCUAUUUGCAACAUACGUGGGCACAAGAAGAAAUUAUUCUUUACAAUUCGGACGGUUACCGUGCGUUACUUGAUCUAAAAUAUGGGCGCAUGGGUGGUGGCUAUGCUAUACCAGAAUUUGGACUUGCUUAUGUUCGUGAUAUACGUUUUGUUGAUAAAAACACUGGCAAAAAUCGUAAGACCGAUAUGUUAGUUUCUGCUUGUUAUUGUCUUACUGGUUCACCUAGACUAUAUGCCAAUCCAACAUCAAAAAGCGACGUAAGUGCUUGAGAUUAAAAAAAUAGGAUCAAUUGAAUUGUUGUUUAAUACUGCAGUGAAAGCAA